AUGGAGGACUGCUGCUCCACGGACAGAGAGCGGGUGGAAGCGUGGCUGGACGACCACUUGGACUUCACCCACUCCUACUUCACCCGCAAAGCCUCAAGAGAGAUGGUAAACGCCUGGUUCGCUGAGCGCGUCCACAACCUGCAGCCUCCUUCUUCUUCUUCUUCUACUAAAGACUCUCCGCCUCAGCAGCGCUCGCACCAGUCCCCCGCAGACCCCACCAUCCUCCUCCCGCUGCUGGACAACCGCUGCCCCUCCCCCGCCAGCCCCGCACCCGGCACCCCCACCCGCAAGAUCUCGGCCUCGGAGUUCGACCGGCCGCUCAGACCCAUCGUGGUCAAGGACUCGGAGGGAGCCUUCACCUUCCUGAGCGACACAGAGCGCGAGACCGUCAGGGGGCCGGCCAUGGGGGAGGGGGGAGGCGGGGGAGGAGGAGGGUUGUGCCCGCAAGCCGAGGGGGACCGGUGCGCACGGCUGCUGGAGCUGGUCAAGGAGGUUUCCAGUCACCUGGACGUGACAGCUCUCUGCCACAAGAUCUUCCUGCACAUCAACGAGCUCAUCGCCGCCGACCGCUACUCGCUGUUCCUGGUGGGUGAGGACAGCUCCAAUAGGAAGUUUCUGGUGAGUCGGCUUUUCGACGUGGCUGAAGGCUCUACGCUGGAGGAGUCGUGUAGCAGCUGCAUCAGGCUGGAGUGGAACAAGGGCAUUGUGGGUCAUGUGGCGGCCACGGGACAGCCACUCAACAUCAAGAACGCUUAUGAGGAUCCACGGUUUAACGCAGAAGUCGACCUCAUCACCGGCUACAAAACCCAGAGUAUUCUGUGUCUGCCAAUCAAGAACCACAGAGAUGAGGUGGUGGGUGUGGUCCAAGCCAUCAAUAAGAAAUGUGGAGAAGACUGUGCGUUUACCGACCAGGAUGAAAAGGACUUCUCGGCGUACUUGGCCUUUUCGGGGAUUGUCCUGCACAACGCUCAGCUCUAUGAGACGUCACAGCUCGAAAACAGACGGAAUCAGGUGCUGCUGGACCUGGCCAGCCUGAUCUUCGAGGAGCAGCAGUGUCUGGAGGUGUUGCUGAGGAAGAUCGCGGGGACCAUCAUGUCCUUCAUGCAGGCCCAGGCGUGCACCGUCUUCAUCGCCGACGAGGACUCCAUGAACUCCUUCUCCAGCGUCUUUCACAUGGAGUACGAGGAGCUGGUGGAUGCCCAGGACGUGCCCAAGAGAGACCAGAUAAACUACAUGUACGCUCAGUGCUGUAAGAACACAGCUCAGCGGCUCAACAUCAGCGACGUGACCAAGGAGCAGCGCUUUCCCUGGACCAGUGAAAACCCAGACCGCAGUAACAUCAAGAGUCUGCUCUGCACUCCCAUCUGGAACGGCAAAAAAGAUCAAGUUAUUGGCGUGUGUCAGCUGGUGAACAAGAUGGACGAAGCCUCGGGCAGCGUGAGGGCGUUCAACAGGAACGACGAGCAGUUCCUAGAAGCCUUCGCCAUCUUCUGCGGCCUCGGAAUCCAGAACACGCAGAUGUACGAGACCGUGGAGCGAGCCAUGGCCAAGCAGGAGGUCACCCUGGAGGUCCUUUCAUAUCACGCCUCUGCAUCCGAGGAGGAGACGAGGGAACUGCAGGUAACCGCGGUGUCCACGAUCCCAUCAGCGCAGUCGCUAAAGCUCCUGGACUUCAGCUUCAGUGACUUCGACCUCUCCGACACAGAGACCACACUGGGGGCCGUCCGCAUGUUCGUGGACCUCAACCUGGUGCAGAACUUCCAGAUGAAAUACGCCAAUUUGUGUCAGUGGAUUCUGAGCGUGAAAAAGAACUACCGGAAGAACGUGGCCUACCACAACUGGAGACACGCCUUCAACACGGCACAGUGCAUGUUCGCGCUCCUCAAGUCGGGACGCCUCCAGAACAACCUGAGCGACCUGGAGAUGCUGGCCCUUAUGAUCGCCACGCUAAGCCACGACCUGGACCACCGCGGGGUCAACAACUCCUACAUCCAAAGGAGUGAGCAUCCUCUGGCUCAGCUCUACUGCCACUCCACCAUGGAGCACCACCACUUCGACCAGUGCCUCAUGAUCCUCAACAGCCCAGGGAACCAGAUCCUGAGCGGCCUGUCGCUGCACGAGUACAAAGCCACGCUGAAGAUGAUCGAGAGGGCGGUCCUGGCCACAGACUUGGCGCUCUACAUGAAGAGGAGAGGGGAGUUCUUUGAUCUGACCAAGAACAGUCAGUUUGUGUGGGACGACGAGGAGCAUCGAGAACUGCUGAGGUCGAUGUUGAUGACGGCGUGUGACAUCUCCGCCAUCACGAAGCCGUGGCCGGUGCAGAAGAGGAUCGCAGAGCUGGUGGCCACAGAGUUCUUCGAACAGGGCGAUAAGGAGAGAGAGGAGCUGAAGACCGAGCCCAGCGAUCUCAUGAACCGAGAGAAGAGAGACAAGAUUCCCAGCAUGCAGGUGUCUUUCAUCGACGCCAUCUGCACGCAGUUAUACGAGACGUUGUCGGGGAUGUCGGAGCACUGCAGUCCGCUGUUGGAGGGUUGCCAGAGGAACCGACAGCAAUGGAAGCAUUUAGCUGAGGAGUGCGAGGAGAGCCUGGUGAACGGGCUGGUCUUCAGCAUGUGA